AUGUCGUUGGAAAUUCUAGCAAAUGAACUAUUGUUUGAUCUAUUCGAAUAUUUUUCAUCCGUUGAUUUGUUUCAUUCGUUCAAUAGUUUGAACUCACGGUUCGAUCAACUUCUUAUCGAUUAUUUUCAACAAAAGAAAUCGUUUGAUUUUCGAUUAAUUUACAAAGAAGAUUUAAAUCUUAUCCGUCGACGAUAUUUAUCAUCAUUUAUCGACAAAAUCACAUCGAUAUCGCUGUCAAACGACGAUACAACUCCACAUGCCAUCGACACAUUUCUCUCGCGUUUGUAUCCUCUACAUCGGUUCGUUAAUCUUCAAUCCAUCACCUUGUAUAAGAUUUGUUCAACAGAGAAAGUUCUUCGUUUACUGAACGAUUUACAACAUAUAUCUCAGUUGAAUCGCUUGAUACUCAAACAAUGUUAUAUUGCAUACAAUCCUAAAACUCUCGUCGAUGUUAUGGACAAGAUAUGGCAAUUACCCAAUUUAACACAUUGUUGUCUUGAUAUCACAUCUGAUGACGAUUGUCCUUUAGUUUUACCAACAUUUAUUUCCUGUUCAUUGAAACAUCUCUCCAUCGGUGGCUUCCGAUGUGAUCUUGAUUAUCUGUUUCAUUUGUAUGGACAUACUCCUUAUAUCGAGUAUUUAUCAGUGAAUUUAUAUGAAUUAUGUGAUGAAUAUCCUCAAUUACCGUUGUUACAUACAUUAACCAAAUUAGAAUUAAAAUGCGAAGCAUCGUUUCAUAUGAUUCAAGUGCUUCUACGUAAAACUGUGAAUUUAAAACAUUUGACAAUCGAAUUAACAACAAUUGGAAUCGAUGGACAAAAGUGGCAAGAACUAAUUCGAACACAUCUGACACAAUUGGAAGUUUUCAAUUUAAAAAUGGACUAUAGAUUGACAGAUUUCGAUGAUGAUUUGCAAGAAGAAGUCGAUGAACUAAUCGAUACAUAUCGAACACCAUUUUGGAUCGAAGAACAUCAAUGGUUCGUUCGAUGCUUCGGUUUUGUUAAAGACGAUAAUGUUUUAAUUCAUUUACAUACAUUACCAUACAGAUUCGAAGAAUUCCAUCUGGAAAUGAAUGAUGGUUAUAUUUUCAAAUCAACUUGUCCGAAAGAAGAUGAUUAUUUAAUCUAUAAUCAUGUUCGUAAACUUAAAUACGAUUGUAAUCUUUCCGAUGAUGAGAACAUACCAUCGAUACAAUUUACAAAUCUUCAAUAUUUAGCUUUAACAUUUCCAUAUGACGAUCAAUUUCAUGCGUUUGUUCCACAAUUGGAUCAAUUGACUUUUCUUGAAGUACGAAUGAAUACUCGAAGUCAUGAUGACAAUAAUCUCCUUCAAUUACAAUCAAUUCUUGACCAGGCACCAUGUCUUUAUUAUCUCAAAUUUCAUUCUUGGUUAGCAACGACUACGAAAUCAGAUAAUAAAAAUAAAAAAGUUCUAAAUGCAAAAAUGGCACCGUAUGGAAAUCAAAGUUCAUCCGUUCGUUAUCUUGAUCUACAAGGGUGGAAUCAUUUCAGUGAUUAUCAAUUUUACAAUGAACAGCAAUGUUCAGCAUUGAUUCAAUCACCAUUGGGGAAACAAUGUGAACAUCUUUUGAUCGAAGUCGAUAAACGAGCAAAUAUUCUAGAUUUAGUUAAAAAAAUGAAACAACUAAAAACAUUGAAUGUUCGUUGUCGCGAUAGAAAAAGUAACAGUGAUGAAUUAAUGAAAUGGUUACAAUUCCGUUUACCAUCAACAUGUACUUUUGCUAAAGAUAUCAGAUCUUCAAAAGAUAUUUGUUUAUGGAUCCGGUGA